AUGUCUAACCCAAAUAAAAUUGAUUCCAUUGCUGCAAACGGAUUCUAAUGUAAUUUCUUCAAUAACUUAACUUAUGAAGAAAUGAAAUCUGAUCUUUAAAAAUUUGUAUGUUUCAUCAAAUAUUUAUUGUAGAUGCUGUUAAUUCAUGAGUAGUAUGAAAAUGGAGAAGACUUCUAUAAGGCUUACGAGAUUUAUGUGAUUGGGAGAGAGAAAUUAGUUUGCAUUUAAGGUUUUAAUGAAGAAUAACUUACUGAUUUAAUCAAUUAUCUUGAAACCAAUGAAAAAAUGAUCAAAUUUUGUGAUUUCUAUAGGGACUGUAAGUAUUUUGAAUACUUUCCACCUCAUCCAUAACAAGUGAAGAAUUUUUAAACACAGAAGGAGAGGGAAAUAAGAAACAAAUAAGAAUUGUUAACUCUUUAAAUUCUAAAUAGUUAGACUAAUAUAGUUUCUUCGGCUCAAGAAACAAAUAUUUAAUAAUUUGAAAAUCAAUAAAUUCUUUCCGACAUUCAAUUUGUUCCCUCUUUCCAAGAACUUUAUAAUAUAGUAUUAAAUUAUGAUAAUGACUCCAAAUUGGACAAGGCUUAUCAAACAAUACAAUUAAUAGACAGAACCCAACUCUCAUAAGAUCAGAUCAUAAAGUUAUCUGUAAUAGAGAAUUCAUACGAAUUCAUGAUGAAAAAUUUAGCAGAAUUGGAUUCGAAUGGAUGGACACUGGAUAAAAAAAGCCACGGGAUUAGUAUUUCCUAUAAAUUCCCACCAAAAUCAUCUUCAGUCUCUUUGCUUAUGGAAGCAGAAAUUGAAGCUGAUUGUGCUAAGCUAAUGUCUUUGAUCACAGAAGUAGAAUUAUUCUCAUAAUAUGUUCCUUUUUGUAAUCACGCAGCAACAUUAAAAACGUUGUCAAAAACUCAAAAAGUCUGCCUCAGUUAAUUAUAUUUUCCAGUUAUUUCCAAUAGAGAGACGAUAUUUUUAGGCCAAGGAAUAGAUAGAUUAGAGGAGAAUGGAACAAUUGUGUUCUUAUGUAAAUCUAUUGAUCAGGAUCAAUAAUUUUUAGAUUACUAUAACUUAUAACUUAAUAAAUCAAAGAAUGUAAGAUUGCAAUUAAAUUAUUACAUUUUUUAAAUAACUCCGAUUAAUAAAACAAGAUGCAAAAUUAAGGCUGUCAAUAAUUCUAAUCCAUAAUUGUCCUUUGUCCCAACAUGGUUAGUAGCAUUAAUAGCAAGAAAAUUUGCAUUUUAACUCGUCGAAAAGAUUGUGAAAUAUACUAAAAAUUUUGAGAAAUAUCCUUGGUAUAAGAAAACUCAGGAAAACCCAGAAUUUUAUUAAUGGUUGUAGAAUAAAAUUGACAACUAUUUUGCUUGA